GUCUUUAGGUACUUUGGUUGGUGAAUACGCGGGAAGGUGAGGUUGAUUUGGUUAUUGAUGUGUUUUGUCAACGACGACGUGUUUCCCUCUUAGUCAUGUUGCUUUUCUUGCCUACUUCUCUGUUCUCUUUCUAUAUUACAACUUCCAUACUCUUCUUCUCUCCUCUCACCUCUCCCCCUCUCCCCCUCUCUAGAUCUUCAUAUCACUUUCCUCUUGGUUCUCAUCUCAACAAUGGCGACGGGGAAGCCACUGCCAAAGUUUGGUGAAUGGGAUGUGAACAAUCCUGCUUCAGCCGAAGGAUUCACUGUCAUUUUCAGCAAAGCUAGCGACGAGAAGAAGACCAAGAAAGCAUCUGGCAGCGCAGGCCCUAGUACUCUGGUUUCACCUCAGAACACCGAUCAAACCAACCACCAAGAUUCUCAAAACCCAAAAGCUAAGAAGAAAUGGUUUUGCUUCGGUUAACAACUCCUGGGAUCUUUUGAGGAUUAUGAAGCUGAAGAAAGUUAGCAGAGAGAAUCUUAAACAAAGUGAAACAAAAUGUCUUCGGAGUUCACAAACCACAUUAUAUCUUACUCAGUCAGACAUCUCUGCUUGCUUGCUUCUUCUUUUGUCUUCUGCUGAUAUUAUACUUGUUCACUAUACCUUUUGUUUCUUCUUUCUGUUCGCCAACAUUUUUUCCCACAAUGGAUAUAAGAUAAUACAUUUGUCUCCUGACUCCCCCCUAAAAACUUGUUUGUUUUUUUAUGAAAUUUUGAGACAUAAUCCUAGUAUGAAACACAAGAGUAUAUAAUAUGGUCCGAAAAGUCUUCCAACAAAAUUAAGAUCCAUAUGUCGUGAGCUUUAACAAAGAUGCUGACACCUGAAAAAUUCACAGGACCUGUGGGGAAAACUCUACCAGAUAAUCACAGUAGAAACAUGUGUCCUGACGAAGAAUA